GCUACGUUGCGUGAUGGAACAAGUACUACUGUAAGAAGACUACCAUUUCCAUGGCAACCAAUAUUUCGCAUUGCUAUUCAUUUUGAAGUUAUGGCUUCUAUUACAGAAGAUCUUUUACGAAAGUGCGCUGAACACAAUGAAUGCGAGAUUUUUAGCUUGGAAGAACUAUCCCUGCACCAAAGAGACAUUAAAAAAAUUGAACAUUUAGACAAAUGGUGCCGAGAAUUGAAAAUACUUUACUUGCACAGUAAUUUAAUAGCGAAAAUUGAAAACCUUAAUCGACUAAAAAAACUGGAAUAUGUGAAUUUCACUUUAAAUAAUAUUACCAGAAUUGAAAAUUUAGAAGGCUGUGAGUCUCUGAAAAAAUUGGAUUUUACAGUAAAUUUUAUUGGAGAGUUGACUUCUAUUGAAAACCUUCAAGAAAACUACAACUUAGAAGAGCUAUACUUAACCGGAAAUCCUUGUUCGGAAUAUGAUGGAUAUCGUGAUUAUGUAAUAACCAUGCUACCGCAAUUAAUGUUUCUAGAUGGAGAAAAAAUAAGGAAAUCUGAACGAAUUCUAGCAAUGCAGAAUUUCCAUAUAGUUCGACGUGAUAUAUUAGAGCAACAGAAAAACUAUUUGAAAAACGUACCUUUGAACAGUGAUGAUAUAUUGGAAAGUCUGCAAAAUUCCAAUGAUUGUGUAAAAAGAAAAAUCACUGGCGAUGAUUUUUGGAAAGAGAAAACUGCUUAUACUCCUCAGUGUCGAAUAGAAAUGUAUAAACACUUACGAGACUCACGCAAAAAAACGGAAGGGGAAAUAAAAGUACUGAAACCUACACGGCGACUAAUGACAAAUGAUGGAAGAAUUUUAAAUGUCAAUGAAGCAAAACUUAAUUUUGAGUUUGCUGAUGAUGAAGAAAAUAACUGCUAUAAAUUGGAUUUGGCUGUAUACAAGUAUCUGGAUACUUCGUUAAUAGCGGUUGAUGUCCAACCUACGUACAUUAGAAUCACAGUGAGAGGAAAAUACUUCCAACUGCUUUUACCCCAAGAGGUCAAUCCUGAUUUAAGCAUAUCUCAAAGAUCACUAAGUACUGGUCACUUACUCAUAACAAUGCCUAAAGCUAAUGGCAUUAUAGGCAAGCGUGAAGAAUAUUGUCAUCAUAAGAAAAAUAAUGAUCAAUACUCCGAGAAAAAAAUAAUGGCACCACUGAGUUCAACAACUAUGAAAGUGAAACUGCCUGAUGAACCAAAGAAAAGUAAGGAAUAUCUGGAAUGCAAUAAGCAAGAUCUGAAAGACUGUAAAAAUAUUAACUUCAUUGACGAUCCUUCAGUUCCACCAUUGAUGUAAUUAUUCUUCCAUUGAUGGUUAUUUACUGUUUGAAUAUAAAUGCUUAGUUUUUACUCUACAAAUAAAUCUAUAGCAAAUUUUUGUUCCAUGAAUAUUUUAAAUCAUAUUGUAUAAAAUGCA